AUGUACGCCUCCACAUUCGCCCUCGCCGCCGCGUCCGCGCUCCUGCCCAGCGUCCUCGGCACGGACUGGACGGGCCCCAGCUGGUAUCUCCCCGUGGGUACUCACAUCACGAAGCUCGCGACCACGAUGAAGGUCCCCGCGAUCCCGCCCAACGACCUCGACGGCCAGACCCUCUUCGUCUGGCCCGGCAUCCAGCCCGGUAACGCGCUGCAAGAGGAGGGCAGCGACCCCGCAGCCGUGGGCAACGGUGUCCUCCAACCCGUCUUGACGUACGGCCCUUCCUGCGUCCCCGGCGACCACCCCGAGGAUCAGUGGUACAUCUCGGGCGUGUAUGUCGGCGGUGGCGGUAACCCUGACUUCGAUGGCUGCUUCGGCGGCGACGUCAUGCAGGUCGCGCCCGAGGACCUCGUCGCGUGCACCAUGGAGCUCAAGCAGGGGACCGCGUCGACCUGGGACCAGACGUGUAUCAACCUGUCAAACAAUAACCAGACCGUUACCUACGAACUGGACCUCGCCGGCCAGCUGCAGAGCUCUGGCGAGCUGAUGGUCGAGAACCCGACGGACCAGUCGAAUGCGGAUUGGAACUUCCCUUGCUUCUUCUACAACACCGUCGUCGUCACCGACAAGCCCAUGGACGCCUCCGUCUGCGUCCUCCCCGAGACCGACAAGGCGUACAAGAGCAAGAACUCCGCGCUCAGCGAGGACGGCCUGACGUGCACGCUCGGCGGUAUCGCGAUCUUCAACCCGGACAAGCCCGCGCCCGAGAUCAACGACGCCGACCUGAGCAUUUGA